CUUCGAUGAGUCCUCGUGUACGCCUCAUGGUACACACAGCCAUAUACCCAUUACCCAUUGAAUCUGUGCUCGAGUGUUCAGAGUUUCCACAGUGCUACAGUGCCAGUGGUUAUAUUCAGCCUGUGCUGAACGCUCCCCGGUCUCCUUCAUCUUCUUCCAUGGAUCCUUCAAACGUAAGACAGAAAUUCGAUCGCUUCCAAACCUUCAUUGCAGGAAGAGGCAGUAGUCAUGAGCUUGCACUGAGCGCUCCCUCACCGUCUUCCGUGGAGCCUUCAGUGUUAAGACGAAAAUUCAGUCGCUUUCGAAUCCUCAUUAUAGGAAGAGCGAAUGCAGGAAAGACCACCAUCCUGCAGAGGGUUUGCGAUACACGGGAGAACCCAAAAAUAUACAAUAGCGCUGGGAAAAAGAUCAAGCCCGCCGUCUUGAAGGCAUCUAGAAAGUGUGGAGAGCACGACAUCGAGAAUGAAAUGGUGUUUCAAAGCAACCCAGGAUUCGUCUUUCACGAUUCACGUGGUUUUGAAGCAGGAGGAGACUCCAAAUUCGACAAGGUGAAGGCAUUUAUCACCGACCGUUCUAAGAGAACCAGUGUAAAUGAUUGACUUCAUGCCAUAUGGUAUUGCAUACCGAUGGAUGAAGCAAGCAGGUCUUUCACCGAAGGGGAAAUCAAGUUUUUCUCUCACUGCGACACUGGAAGCAUUCCGGUGAUAGUAUUAUUUACCAAAUUCGACGCCUUGUACGACGUCACAUAUGCACAGCUGAAAAGGGACGGACAUUCUAGGGAAGACACUCAAGAAAUG